GGAAAAUAUAUAUCACAUUUUUUGUCACCAUAAUGUAUAUAGCACAACUCGCAUGCAGAAAGCCUGGAAACUGUGAGCUUCAGAUGUGCUCUACAAAACAGCCUAUAAGUUUGGUGUAUGAUCUAAGUUCUCAAGUACAGUAAGACAUAGGAUUCUCAUAACGAAGUGGUAAUCCACAUAUGCACUCUUGUUUUGCGUUGACUUGGUACAUUCUGUUUAUCGAAGUGGUUAUCCACUCAAUCUUUCUUGUUUGAUUUUAUUUGGUGCAUUAUGUCUCUCCGUUAUUUUACGGGGAAGUAUUGGCACUGAACUGAUUAUUAUUGAACGAGUGAUUCAACAAGGACACUGCCGAUGCUAUUUUCUUGUGGCUAUUAAGCAUCAAAAGCCUUUGCUGCUCUUGAUUCAAAUGCGCGUAGAGAGCAGAUAUAUACUACCUCCGUAAACUAAUAUAAGAGCGUUUAGAAUACUAAAGUAGUAAUCUAAACACUCUUAUAUUAGUUUACAGAGGAAGUACUAUGUAUUCUGAGCUGGUACUGCAAAAAUGGACCUGUAUGUGUUAAAAAAGGAAAGACUGAUUUAUUCAGAUACUAUGGCUCCGCGGAGGACUGCCGAACAGGCGCUAUAUAUAUUCCUUAUUUGCACUGCAAAAAUGGACCCGUAUGUGUUCAAAAAGGGGGACUGAUUUUGUUAAUCAUAUUUUGUAUGUUUAUAAAGUUCAUGUACUCUAUGUGCAACAGCGGGCACGGCGGUUUCCUUUCAGGAAGGAGAUGGACAAAUCAAAACUUCUCUGAAAUCGGGUUUUAUGGUUUUAAGAUCCAAACUAACCUCUCUGCUUCUAUGAUCUAGUCACUAGAAUUUCUAUGACUCUGAUAGUUAAGACUAGAUUUUUACGAUUUGCGAUCUUAUCAUCAGAGCUUUGAUCCGAUUUUGAUUCUAAUAGUUAAGAUUCUACGAUUUGCGAUCUUAUCAUCAGAGCUUUGAUCCAGAAUCACAGUGAUACAGCAUGACGUGCUCCUCUGUUUUGGGUACACCACACACUCCACGGCCUUCAUCCGGCAGAGCCACAGCCACCCAACCCAGCUGACACCAUCAAAAUCGCGGUUACGGGUCUGUUCAUUCAUCCCGCACCCCACCUACACGCAGACGCAGCUCUCGGCCGCCGCCGCCACCAGGGCAAUGGAGCCCGAGCCCGACCGCGGCGUCUCCCUCCUCUCCCCCGCCCCAAGCCCUAGCCACCAACCCAGCCUCCGGGCGGCCAAGUCCACGGCCUUCAAGCGCGAGGAGCGCCGCAAGCACAAGGAGCAGAAGCGGGAGCGCAAGCGGCAGGAGAACCUCGCCCUCGCGCUCGCGCAGUGGGAGCCCCUCGGCGCCCCACCCCGCCCGGCCGCCACCCCCACUCCCGGCGAGCCACUCGACGACAAGCCCUGGCCGUGUGACCCGCCAUCUCCCGCGGACGCCGCGCCCUCCGCCGCCUGGGGCUGGGGCCCUCCGGCGGAGCCCUCCGCCGACAGGGGCUGGGGCCUUCCAGCGGAACCGCCGGCGCAGCCGCCGGUCGCGGCAAGGUGCCCCCAGGCCGACGCGGUGAGGGCGUGCCGCGCGUUGUUUGAAGAGCACGCCGAUAACGACGACGACGGCGACGAGGAGGGGGAGGAAGAGGAAGGCGAUGUGGCCCGGUUCUUCGACGAGCUGCUGGAGAAAGACGCGGACCUUAGGGGGUUCUACCAGGUGGAGCGGGAGACGGGGCGGUUCCUGUGCCUGGUGUGCGAGGGGGUCGGCGCCAGGGCGGGGAAGCGGUUCCCCGGCUGCGCCGCCCUGGUGCAGCACGCCGGCUCGGUCGCCCGGACCAAGAGGAGGCUCGCUCACCGCGCCUUCGCCGACGCCCUCGGCCGCCUGCUCGGCUGGGGCGCGGGCCGGACCACCCCUGUUCCGGCUGAUUGCGACAACGAUGGCGCUAUUGAUCAAGCUGAGCACUUGGAUUCUUCUGAAUGUGCAGAAAUGGAGGUGGCCUAAUUUAUCUCAUCGUGCUAACUUAGAGAUUCUUUCUUGGUCAGAAAGCUUGGAAAUACAUGUGAUUUGGUUUGAUGUAUCGAUAACCUGGAUGCUCAUUGUCAACAUCUGUGCGUAAUAUGCUCUGGUAACCUUGAUGCUUGUGUUUAACAUCUCAAGCCGGAUCUAAAAGUUUCUGAUUUGCAAUGCAUUGUAUUUCAGUUGUUGAUUC